CAGUUUAUAAUGCGUCUGAAAAUCGAAGACUUUAUAGAAAGCGAAGAACAAAAAUGUUGCUCCGAAGAAGUUAAAUUGAAAAAGACAACGAAAUUGAAGUUCGACAAAUUUUAUUCUAACUACGAUCGAAUAUCUUCUGGAAACAAACUGCCUAAAUUACAACUGACAACAUUGAAGUCUAUGCUGAUCAAUGAGUCAAAGGCGUCGGCAGUUUUAUCGGUCGCGGAAUGUGACCAAAUUUGGCAGCAAGUUUUUCUGUCCUGUGAAUUUCUUGGAAAAUCUGUUCCUAAAAGCGUGAAAAGAUUAAUACACGGUGAAACUGAGGAAGAGAUCAACGCAGAAGUCGAAGAAUUUGAUUUUGAAGAUGACGAGGAGUUCGAAAAUGAGUUGGAGGCUUUGGAUGACGAUUUAGACGGUGAGUUAGAAAACGUGGAUGAAGAUCUGACCUUUGAGAUGGGAGAAUUCUCAGAGGACGAAGGAAGCGAAGUUUCGGAAGAACUUAAUUUUGCCGAUGAUCCAAAAGACGAUGAAUCCGAAAUCGAGCAAGAAGAUGAGGAAGGUAAGAAUUUGGAUCUGAACGAAGAUUUUGAUGAAGAUGACGAAAAAUAUGAAGAAAAUGCGGACGAAAGGAAAGUAAACGGAGACACAAAAGAGUCCGUUUUUGAAGACGAUUUUUUGAAAAUCGAAGAACUUGAAGCGUUUUUGGACCAAGAGGAUAAGAAAGAUGAGAAAUUGAUGAAGCGUCUCGAGAAUCCCCACAUGUAUGACGAUGAUUCGAAUCAAGAUGAUGAAAAUGAGGACUAUGUUGAUUACUUUUCUAAUAUUUCUGGUCAGAAAGGAAGUGAGAUCAAUUAUAAAGAUUUUUUUGAUAUUCCUCAAGGAAAUAAAUUUCAAAGAUCUAAGAACAAUCGAAGUGUUCAUUUUGCCGAUGAAAACAUAGAAGAAGAUGACGAAUAUUUCGAGGGUAAAAAACGGAAAAUUGACCUUUUUGAAACCAACGAAGAAUCAGAUGAUAACGUAGGCGAGGAUUUGAGCUUACACGAGAAGAGGAUGCAGAAAUAUCGAGAAAAAAUUGACGAAAUGCAAGAAAAUAGUUUAGGAGAGAAGCCUUGGCAGCUAAUGGGUGAAGCGACAGCCGAAAAGCGACCCACAGACAGUCUUUUAGCCGAAGUAUUGCAGUACGAUAGUUCGGCACGACCUCCUCCUGAAAUUACCAAAGAGAAAACCGAGUCUUUGGAACAGGUGAUUCUAAGACGAAUCAAGGAUAAAACUUUUGAUGACGUCAUGAGAAAAUGGCGUCCGAAAGAAGCACCAUUUGAAUAUAGAAAACGGAUUCUGCUGGAGCAGGACAAAAGUAAAAUGAGUUUAGCUGAGGUUUAUGAACAAGAAUUCUUGAAACAAGUUCGCGAAGAGAAAGUAGAAGAAAAGAAUGAAAAACACGAAGAGAUAAAAGAGAUGAUGAAGAAAGUGUUUUAUAAGUUGGACAUGCUGUCCCAUUUUUCGAUCACGCCCCAGGCGCCUUCGACCGAAAUGAAGAUUGUGCGCAAUGCACCGGCACUCUCCAUGGAGGAAGCGGUUCCGGUAGCGUUGGCAGAAUCAGCUCAGUUGGCACCUGAAGAAGUGAGAAAGGUAAAACAGUCAGAAGAGAAAGCGACUUCAGAGCGAAGUAAAACAGACAAGCUGAGAGAGCGCAGACACAAGAAAUUGAGACAGAAGGCCAUAGCGGCACGUGAAGAGAAGAAACUAGACCCGGACUCAAAAGAGAAGGCUCUUCUGGACUUGAAGAAGGCUGCCAGAGGCAACAGAGACUUGAAGAUAGUGAGUGACAAGAAGGCUGCAGUUAACUACACCGGAAACAUGACCUCGUCUACGUUCUUCACACAAUUGAACGAUCAGCAGAAAAUGAAGAGUGAUAAAAGUAAAAAGAAGGACAUUAGAGAUCAGGACUCAAAACGUGUUGCCAAGUUUAAAUUAUGA